UCCGUCCACACAUUGCACUGUUAAGAUACUAACUGCAAUAUUUCAUACACAACCGGUUUCCGCGUACAUGAGACUGCUGACUACUAAAAACCCGCCUCUGAUAAAUAUGAUUGGUUGUCACGCAUCCCUGCGCAGCAGUUCGCGGUUUGUGAUUGGUUCACGGCUCCGGCGUGACGUCAUCUCUGCUUUAAGGAUACAUACGAGGACGUUGAGCUUUAGGAGAACUCUGGUAGGAAACAAAUAAUGAAGAAGCCGAGGGACUGAGCUUCACUGAAGUAGUUGUGGAUGCUCCAUGUGGAUCCAUGUUGCUCUUCUCCAUCCCCAGUCUGAGCAGAGCGGCGGUCCGUGUGAGGAGACUCGUGGCUCAACUUAGCUACGCAACAAUGUCCACCGGUAGUUCAGCCAAUAGAGACGCUCCCACAGCAGCCAUUCUCAUCAUUGGAGAUGAGAUACUGAAGGGUCACACCGCCGACACCAACAGCACCUUCCUCGCCCGAGCGCUCCGGAGGCUCGGCGUGUCCGUGCAGCGCAUAACCGUCAUACCGGAUGUACGGGAGGUCAUAGCCAAAGAGGUGCUCCUCCUCUCCUCUCAGUAUACACACCUCAUAACGUCAGGGGGUGUUGGCCCCACGCACGAUGACAUCACCUUGGAGAGCAUAGCUGUGGCGUUUCAGGAGGAGCUGUACCCUCACCCCGAGCUCACUCGGCUGGUGGAGGAGUUCUUCGGCACGACGGACAUGAACGGUCCGGCUAUGAAGAUGGCCAUGGUGCCCCGAUCAGCCAAGCUCAACUAUGGAACAGACCCUCAGUCUGGGAAGUGCCAGCGCUACCCGGUGGUCAGUGUGCGUAACGUGUACGUGUUUCCUGGAACCCCAUCCUUCAUGGAGAUGGCUUUCACCGGACUGGAGCGCCUCUUUUCUAGUUCAGGAACCACCUUUUACACCCGUGAGGUGUUUGUUGAUGCGGAGGAAACGGAGAUUGCUCCCGUGUUGACCAAAGUGCAGGCCGACUGGGGCAGGAAGGUUUCCCUCGGCUCUUAUCCUGAUUGGCUGAGUAAUUAUUGUAAAGUCCGACUGGUUCUGGACUCGAACAGCCGAGAGGAGGUGGACAAAGCUCGAGCGCAGCUGGUUGAUGAGCUGCCUGAGGGCAGCGUGGUGUCCAUAGUCAAAGACCCGGUGUCCAUCGCCAGCGCAGAGGUGUACAGACUGGCUAACAACGACACAGCUUUGGGUGAGAAAGUGAAAUCUGCUCUGAGAACAGUAGAAGCGGCUCUGAAUCAGUAUUCAACAGAGCAAAUCUGUGUCGGCUUCAACGGAGGCAAAGACUGCACGGUGCUGCUGCACCUCUACUACGCUGCGCUGAAACGGCGGCAUCCGGAUGGGAAAGACAAGGUCAAAGCUCUUUACAUCCGGAAUGUCUCUCCAUUCCCAGAAAUGGAAAGGUUCCUUCAAGACACAACAAAAAAGUACGACCUGGAGCUGAUCUCCGUCGAGGGAAGCAUUCGGCAGGCUCUGAAUGAGCUGAAGGAAAGGAGGCCGGAGCUGAGAGCCGUCCUGAUGGGGACCAGGAGGAGUGAUCCCUACUCUCACACACUCACACCCAUGAGCCACACCGACCCCGGCUGGCCCGAGUACAUGAGGGUGAACCCGCUUCUGGACUGGACGUAUCACGACAUCUGGUCCUUCUUAAGGACGUUAUACAUCCCCUACUGCAUCCUCUAUGACAAAGGGUACACGUCACUGGGCAGUAUGGAUAACACCUGUCGGAAUAAGGCCCUGCAGGUGGUGGAUGAGAGGGGGGUGAAGCGGUACAAGCCAGCGUACCUUUUAGAGAAUGAAGAAGAAGAACGAAACUCCCGCGCCUGAUGACGGCUGUGCUCGUUAUGUGCCCGGGUAUCCAACUACCACCCACGUUCUCUCGGACUUUUACUUGUUUUGUGAGAAGCUUCAUAAUGUGUGACUGAGUUCUAAUAAACGCUGCUGGCCGUGCUGCUAAUAAAACGUCA